AUGACACUUUUGAAGUUUAAAAAGAGUUACUGUAUAUACAAUGAAGAACGUGAGGGAGCAGCGCGCAGCGAUGCGGAGCGCGAACGGCGCGCGCGCAGCGACUGGGAAGCGCGGGCGCGCGCCGCAGAAGCCGAUGCCGCGCGACUCGCCGGCAAGCUGCAUGCUGCGCAGCGCGAGAUCGCCAGAAUGGAGGAGACGGUGCGGUCUCUGCUGCAGUAUAAAAGCCGUGUCGAAACUUUGAAGCAGGAGAAGGCCUCGCUCUCCUCAGCCCUGGAGGCGUCCGCAACGCACUACCAGAACCAGCUAUCGACAUUGAACACAGAGAACGAGCGACUGCGCGGGCAGUUGACAGCAUUGUCGGCAGGGCUGGGUGGCUGCGAUCAGGAGCGGCGACUGGACGAUGUCGCACAGCAGGUCGUGCGCGCACUGCUCUCGCAGAAGAGCGUGCGCGAAGAGCUGGGGUGCGCGCGCGCACGCGUCCGUGAGCUGGAGGCGCAGAACCGCGCGCUGAGCGCCCUACUCGUGCGACAGCUGCGACCGCUACCCCGUCCGUCCCCCGCCACGCCGCACACGCCACUCACGCCUCAUACUCCGCAUAACCCGCGUGAUCUACAAGUUCAUCUGAUAGACGUUGGAUCGUGCGGAUCUCUAGUUUCGUUCCGAGACUCGCCGCCACCCGCGCCGCCUGUACCUCACCCGCACCCCCUCUGCCAGGACGACAAACGACGACAUCAGAUCUUGUCUGAUAUCUGGACUGAGCUCAAGGGCCUGGAAGUGACUCCAGCAAAUCUGGCGCGGGCACUAUCAGCUGUGGACCCCACUUUGUGGGCUCCACCCGCACGGCCUGCAACUCUCAGCCUAAGUGUGCCUCAGCCAGACCCUGUAAGGGGUACAAUCGACGAAAAGGUAACAGAAGAAGAAAGCGGUGAGGUAGGCGAAGCUGGUGCAGAAUCACCCGAGAGCGGCGCCAAAGACGAAGGCUAUUCCACCAUGUCGAGCGACGUACAGGCUGACGCGUCGCGGCAAAGCGACCACGCUGCUGAUCGAGCCCUCCCAGACCUUAACGAAGCUUCAGACGAGACCGACAACCAAACCAUUGUCUCCAUAAAUCCUGGAGUAUCACGUCGUCAUGCAAGAUUACUGACUUCUGAUGCAGACUACAUCUAUUUCCCUAUAGGAAUUGCGUUUGCAGGUGUCAGGGGCAGCUAUCCACCAUCACGACCUGUCUUACCCUUCCAACACGUCGUCAGAAGUUUUUCAGAUUCUCAUCUUUGUCUAAAACUUAUAGCUGGCACAACCUGUCCUACAAGCUGCCUAGAUACACCAACACCGAGUUCAGGAGUUUUACUUUUAGACCUAAAAGCAACCCCGGAAAGACCUCUAAGAAGACCUGCAAUCGUUUCAACAACAAGCUCGGAAAGAGUUUCGUGGGGAAGUACAGUGGAUGAGCGCGCGGACGGUUCGCAAUUUGAUGCUGAUUACGUUCAACAUUGGCUCGAACUUGAUGACGCUAGGUCUGCGCUACAACAGCGACAUAGAGAUUUAGCCGAUCUAGAAUACGAUAGAGCAGAAGUCGAAGACUGGAGCCUAUCGCUUUCGUGUGAAGAUCUCAGAGAUAGACAAUCUCCUUUUGCUGAAAUUACAACACCUGGUCAAAUUUCCUUGUCAACUUUACCUAGCAUUAGAGAAGAUGACGCAUUAGAAUUAGAAGAGAUUGGGGACUGUUUGUGGAAUGAUUGCGGAUUUGCUACAGUAGAAAUUGAUGAAUGUAGAAUAGGAGAUGAUACAGAUGCUGUUGACAAACGCUGGGAAUGCUCAGGAACACAUUCACCCGGUGGAUCAUGGUCAGACGCUUCUGAUGCCCAAGACAAGAGGUCAAGUACGGCGCUAAGUGAGGAUGGAGAUUGCGCCAAUGUUGGACUCGAUUUCACACGCGAUUUUUAUCGCCUUGUCAAAUACGAAAGCACCAAAAGUUUAGCAUCUAAUUCAUCCAGAGGUAUACCUUCGCAAGACACAAGCAAUCACCUGCGAAUUCAUGACGUGCAAGCCAUGGCACUACAGGAUCGCGAGCAAGCUUUACAAAAUGUUCUUAAUUUCAUCGCUGAACAGCAAAAGUAUUGCCGUGACAGAGAAGAGUCAGACUCGACGUCUUCACGGCCAGUCUCAGAGAUACGAGAACUACCACCUCCUUACGCAUCUGCUGAUUUUGACGAUGAAUCUGUUGGGCCACGUAGCGAGGUUUCUGAAGACAGACAAAGGCCUGAUUCCUUUGGUAGUUUUUCUGAAAACGAUUCUUGUGAUGUCGUACACGCAGAGCGGCUACGCGUUCAGUACUGCGAUACAGUAUCUGAGUCGCGAUCGACGCCAAGAUUUAUAGAGAGAGAAGACCCUUACGCAGAAUCAGAAGAUUUUUAUGAUGAAUUUUCACGACUAGAUAACGCGGAAAAUGAAAUGGAUGAACAUCAUUUGUUGAAAGUUCAAAGGAAGAACGAAAUAAACAGAAGUAUUGAUAUGAGUCAUUUAGCCGAUUUUGAUGACCAGGCUUCAGCGCAAACAAAAGAGGAGAGGCCGUGUGAUAUUGAAUCUAGUCGAAGUAUGGAACAUUCUGCUUUGAGAGAGAAUACUGUCAAUAUUAUGUUGAAUGGUCAAGGGCCGAUCAACGAGAGAAUUGAUUUGGAGCCCUGUUUAAUGAAAUCUUCGAGCUUCCCGUACUCUGCUGCAGAGACGGAGUUGUCCCUUGUGGACGAGGUGCUGAGUGCUUGCAGGAGAAGCACGGGAGCUUUAGUUACCGUCCCUGAAGAAGAGGAAACUUCGUCGCCGGAGACGAGUUCCCCUCAAAUGACUGAAUCGAACACGACAAGCACUUCUACUGCUGAAACUGUGAUAGUAAGUAAUAAGAAAGAAGUGAUUCAAGUGAAGAUUAGAAGUGAAAAGAGUCGCAUACCUACUCUGAUGGGAGCGAAGAGGCCUCCGGCAUCGCCGAAUAAGACCAAGUCAAAGAUUCCUGUGGCAGCGGAGCGGAGUUCAGCUGCGGCAGCGCUGUCGCCAGCGGCGCCUGAACCGAUUAUAGUGAAACAAGAGCACACGUUGAGCUUCCAUGAAGCUGCCACUUCUAAAGAUGUCAUUGAAGAACUUAAUAGGAUGAUUCGACAGAGCGAAGGUCCGACCGUUUCUGAAGUGAAAGAUCAAGUGGAGAAGACCCAUUCUCACAAAGACAGCGCGUUGUGGGCGCCCACAGGCUGGGUGCACGUUGAAAAGGAUAUUGACUUCAGUGAUCCCAAGGCGAGAGCAAACCUGCUAGAUGUGAUGCUUGCGUCCUCGGACUCCUCACCGUCGUCAUGUGGGUCUUCACCAGCCGAGCCACCUCCGCCUCCGUACUCGAGGCUACAUCGACUCCAUCGCUCCAGGAGGCAGAAAACUGCGGCCGCGCUGCGCAGCCGCGGGCUGGCCGUGCUACGCUUCCCGCGCGCGCGCCGCCCGUCCAUCCUCGGCCGCGAGGGCUUCUUCGUGCGCUACGGCGACACCGAGCGCGCCGCCAUCGCCGACUUCGACUUCCUCGACGACCUCUCCGGCGGCUCCUCCCCGGACGCCACCAAAGACUGCACCUAGCAAUAAACGCGACGCCUCCCCCGAUAUUAAUAUAUUUUUCUAUUUGUGAUAGUGGAGUGACGAUCGAAACUGACUGGUUUUUAAAUAGUGUUGUCUCGCUUUCGCGUAGCUUGUAAAUUGACGGUAAGCCAAAAUUGAAUAGUUUUUAUUUUAGGACGUGUUCGUUUCGACGCUAUUGUUGCUGUUUUUACAUUGUUGAAUGGAUAAGAAAUGGGAACUGUUUGAAAGUUGAUAAUGAUAGCAAUGGUAGUGUUGCCACUGACGCUAGCUUAGUGUAGCAUUGUAUUACCGAUGGCUGCCCGAUCCGCAAGGCUGCAGCUUUUUACUCUCUAGACAGCCUUUUCAAUUAGACCUUGUAGGUGUCGUAGUAUUUCACUUUUAACUUUAAAGCUAUGACAUAACACCUAGUCUUGUUCCAUAAUUAGGUAUAGGAAGGGCGAAAGCAAAAGGCAUUGAUGUGUUGUUUUGUAUAAAUCGAUGGUAUUCUUUGUAUUGCAAAUGUAUCUCUGAGAUUUGCUCAUGCUUUCACAAAUAAAUAUUGCACGAUUGUGUCUGACGAUAUACCAUAAUAUAUCUAAUUGAAUCUGUAAAGAAACAACUUGCGCUUGCCACAAAGCUUUUGGCGGCAAAUACGCUUCUAAAACCGUGUGAAAACAGUUUUGUUUUUCCAAUUACUCGCCGCGAUGUGUAGCUUGCUUCGAACCAUACCCGACAACUUAGGUAAGAAGGAUUAAGUAAUUACUAAGUAAAUGAAAGCUGCGGCCUCGAAGUAAUGUGAUAUUUUUGUAUAUACAGUAAGUCUCACUUAUUUUCAUAUACAUUUAAAUGGAUUCUUUUCACGAACGAUGCAUUGUUGUUUGGAUAGGGUGUGUUCCAUUGGUCGGUUGUUCUCGUGAAAUCUUAUAUUGUGGUAGUAUCUCUACCUCCCUUUUUUGAUGUCAGUUAAAUAAGAGAAUUUCCGAAACAUUUGACAGUCGUAUCUUACUGUUGGCAACAAAAGGUACUUAUGUAAAUAACGGUUAUAAGUGCGUAUCGAUAUAGUUAACUACAGUUUUAAAAUAGUCAUCUAUAACGAUUAAUACCUUAAAAAAACAUUAAAUCGAAAGGGUACUAAAGUAUGUUAAGUGUAUAAAUAUUAUUACGUGAUUGAAUGCUAUUUAUUCAUCUGUAUUAUUUGCUAUUUGUCAAUGAAUUGUGUUGUGUAU